AUGGAUCCAUUCCGAAAUACCGCCUUGCAAAGUGCAAAAUUACAAUCACUGCUUUCAUCGUCGGGAGCCACAAACGACAGAUCAGACGAGCAGACUUCACAAUCCGAUAUGCCAGCACCACCAGCUUACCACAUGGUCGUUGAACCCAACGCACCCACACCCAACCACCACAAUCCAUAUGACCACGAAGAGGGAGAGGAAGACAAAGAAGGCGAUGAGGAUACACCAGAAGUUACCAUCAAUGCCGCAACACAGGUUCGAGGCCAUGGGAACAUAAUAUCCAUUGCGCAAAUGGAUAGCGUGCGCAUCGCAAACCUCGUCUCCACCAUUCUCAACGGAGAACCAACCGUACUCCCACCAUCGCCUCUGCAGAAACUAGCAGAUGUCGCCGCAGCCGCAUGCCCACAGCCCACUCCUGCUGCAUCGACAACCACACCCUCAUCCCCACCACCAUCCACAUCCACUACACCACCCCGUCAACAGUCCUCACAAGUACAUCUCAAUCCCAGGACCCACUCGCUCCGCAAGAUCAACAUCACAGUCAACUGCGGCGCAACCAUCAUUGGCGACCGCAACAUCGUCGGCCCUGGCCUGGGCGACAUUGCCCGCCAAAUGCAAGUCGCGCAGCGCAACCAAGUGCUGCAGGCUCAACAGCUCGCCGCCCAGCAAGCAGCCCAGCAAGGGGGAGGAGGAGGCGCAACCCUGAAGAUGCCAUUUCCAGGCGCGGCUUUUGGGCUAGGAAGUGGGCUGGGAGGUGGGUGCUUUGGAAGCCUUCGGGCACGCGAAGGGUUCAACCAGGCGCAGGCUCAGGCGGCCAUGGCGCAACAUCAUGGGAUGAUGCAUGACGCUCAGGUACAUACGCCGCCGAUGAGUCGGAGUGCGAGCGAGAAGAGUGAUGAGGUUGGUGGGGGGAAGAGGAAGAGGGAUGGGGAUGAAGGGGUAGGGGAGGUGCGUGUGAAGAAGGUGUGUUGA